GGCGGGCUAUUAGCCCUAUUCCCUGGAUGAAAAGCGAGGGGGUCUUUAAGCAAUUAGCGCCGUUAACGAGCGCGCCCUGAGAAACGCGCGCUCUGCCAGGCAUUUAACGCCGGGCGAUGUCAAGCCGUUUCGUUUUGCCGGGUCAGCAUAUACAGCGCCGUUGCGUUUUCCUCUCCUGUUUUUCCGGAAAGACCGGGAUGAUUUACACUGGCAGGUUCCGCGCUCAACAAUUACCGGCAUAUUCUUGGUGAGCCUGGCGAUCCCGCUGUAAUUAGGCACGACACCGACAACCGCCCGCCGGCCGUUCCAAUUAAAAGUUUGCCCCGCGCCGUUAUAAUGAUUCCGGGCGACAGCGUACACGGCCCAUUCGCCAAUUCAUCGGCCUGUUGGAAUUCCCUGAUAGACAGUUACCUUACUUCCAGGAUGGAUAACACGAGCCAGCGGUUGCCGGGUCGGAUGGGGCAUUUUUGGCUGUGUCUGACCGCCGGCGAUAAUGGCAGUCUGGUGGGGUAUAUUGUGGAGUCGGCGGAUGAGCCGGAUGUGCACGCGCUGCCCGUGGCGUUCCGGGUGGUGGCCACGCUGCUGCAUGUCUGCAUCUUUCUCCUGGGUUCCGUGGGGAAUACCGUGCUGAUUCUGGUGGCUGGGAAGAGCACCCGGCUGCGGACACCGACCUAUACAUACCUGGUGUCGCUGGCGUAUGCCGAUUUGCUGGUGAUUUGGUGCGCCAUCCCGGAGGCUAUCCUCUCCUACCACAUCGGCAAUCGCUGGGUACUCGGACCCGGUCUCUGUGCUGUCUUCAUCUUCAUCAACUUCCUCGGGAUCAAUGCCGGCAGUCUAAGCAUGCUGGCCUUCACCAUCGAGCGCUACCUGGCCGUCUGUCGCCCGCUAACCGCUCGCAAACUCUGCACCCUGGAGCGGACCCGCCGUAUCGUCUGCCUGGUGUGGCUGACCACGGUCCUGUACUGCGCCCCGUGGCUGGGCCUCACCGAACUGAAGACAGACGAGACGAAUCCGGCGUACGAGCAGUGCGGGUUCCGGUUGUCCCGGGAAAUCUAUCUGGCCUUCUUCCUGACGGACCUGGUGCUGUUCUACCUGCUGCCGCUGGUAGUGGCAGUGGUGCUGUAUACGCGGAUCUGUGUGACGAUGCGCGGUCGCAGUCAGGGCGGAGGGACGAUGGGGAGCGGGGGUGAGCCGCGGCGGCAACUGCUGUCGCCGUCCAUCAGCCACACGUUCUCCCUGCGCAGUCUGGAGAGCCCGUCGCUGGAGUUUGCGGUGUGGGAGGGACGCGCGGAUGGGGUGUGUAUUGUAGAGCCGCAUCCCUGCUCCAAACAGCUACCGAUGCAAAAGAUCCACAUGCUGAUUGCGGUGGUAAGCCUGUUCGCCGUGGCCUGGCUGCCCUUCCGCGGACUGCUGGUGUACAACAGCUUCGUGGCGGAACCCUGGCUGGACAUUUGGUACGUGUUCUUCGCCAAAUCCCUCAUCUACCUCAACAGCGCCAUCAAUCCGCUCCUCUACAAUAUCAUGAGCGUCAAAUUCCGGGCGGCAGUGAAAGAGUACCUAUGGAAAAACCAAAGAUCGCCACAACGGCCGUGUGACCUGUCCAGCGUCACCAACAGUCCGAUGAUCCAUCGCAGCCGUUUUUCACAGAGAAGUCGGAUUUAGCGAUGCGACAAGUAUUCCAGCUAAAGAAAACAAGAAAUUUUAUUUAUAUAUUUCUCUGGUUUAUUUUUUUUUUAGAACACUCGCACUCUGUAUGCCGGUCUAUUGGUUGCGUUGUACUUGAAUAUUUGGCGCAAUUAAUGCGUUUCUGGUUACCGAAAUGUUCCAUGUACUAACUAGAAAGAGGAUCACUGGAACCGCCCUUAUCGGCGAAAAGAACAUGUCAUAUAUGAAUUGCACUACGGUUACAGGAUUUUCCCGGUAUAUUUUUUA